UGUGUGUGGGACAUAUUAGGAGCCCCUGACCUUUGAGGAUGUUGAUGUGAGCUUCACCCUGGAAGAAUGGGGCUGUUUGGAUCCUUCCCAAAAGAAGCUCUACAGAGAAGUGAUGCUAGAAACCUAUAGCAACCUGUUCUACAUAGAAUUAAAUGAAAACAUUGAAGAGGACUUCAGGAAUCCCAGAAGAAAUAUGAGCCCUGAAGUAUUGGCAAGACUGCAUGAACAUAAACAAUGUAUUCAAUGUGGAGAAUCCCUUCAACAAACUCCAGAGAACAUUGUAAGCAAGGAUACUCUGCUUAGAACAGCACCAUGUAAAAGCAAUAUAUGUGAUACUUAUGAGAAAACCUUCACUGAUGACAAAGCUCUUCUAAUCCAUGAAAGGAUUCACAAUGUAGUGAAAUCUCAUGGAUGGAAACAAGUUGGAAAUGUUUUCACUCCAUCUGGUACCUUUCACAUUCAUGAAACUUCUCACAUUAGUGAGAAACCCUAUGUAUGUAAACAAUGUGGGAAAUUCUUCACUCAUGUGUGGAACCUUCGAUGUCAUGAAAGAAAUCACAGUGUAGAAAAACCCUAUGAAUGUAAGCACUGUGGGAAAGUCUUUAGUCAAGCCAAUAACCUUCAAAGACAUGAAAGAACUCACACUGGAGAGAAACCCUAUGGAUGUAAGCAGUGUGGAAAAGCCUUCACUCGUUCCAGUUGCCUUAAAAAACAUGAAAUUACUCACACUGGAGAGAAACCCUAUGGAUGUAAGCAAUGUGGGAAAGCCUACACUGAUUCAAGUACCCUACGUAUGCAUGAAAGAACUCACACUGGAGAGAAACCCUAUGAAUGUAAGCGAUGUGGUAAAGCCUACAUUUUUCCCAGUUCCCUUCGUAUUCAUGAAAGAACUCACACUGGAGAGAAACCCUAUGCAUGUAACAAAUGUGGGAAAUUCUUCACUUGUGUGAGUAACCUUCGAUAUCAUGAGAGAACUCACAGUGGAGAAAAACCAUAUGGAUGUAAACAAUGUGGGAAAGUCUUUACUCAUGCCUGUUAUCUUCGAAUACAUGAAAGAAUUCAUACUGGAGAGAAACCCUAUGGAUGUAAGCAAUGUGGGAAAGCCUACACUGAUUCAAGUGCCCUUCGAUGUCAUAAAAGAAGUCACUCUGGAGAGAAACCCUAUGAAUGUAAGCAAUGUGGUAAAGCCUACACUCUUUCCAGUUCUCUUCGUAUUCAUGAAAGAACUCACUCUGGAGAGAAACCAUAUGGAUGUAAGCAGUGUGGGAAAGACUUCACUCGUUCCAGUUGCCUUAAAAAACAUGAAAUUAUUCACUCUGGAGAGAAACCCUAUGGAUGUACGCAAUGUGGGAAGGCCUACACUGAUUCAAGUACCCUUUGUAUUCAUGAAAGAACUCACACUGGAGAGAAACCCUAUGAAUAUAAGCAAUGUGGGAAAGCCUCCACUUAAUGCACUCACAUUCAAGCACACAGAAGAACUCACACACAUGUGAAACCGUAUAGAUAAAUGCAAUGUGAGAAUGUAUUCACUUAUUCUGGUCGCCUUUGAGUCCUGAAAGAAUUCAAAUUUUAUGGGUACAACCAAUGUGGCUAAAGUGUUCACAUGCCCUAUUACCCUUAAAAUACAUAAAUGUACUUAGACUAGAGAAGAAAGCUAUGGAUAUGAGCAAUUUUUAGUGACAUUAUGCAGAGAAACUAUAAAUGUACGGAAUGAGCAAAAACCUACAUUCUAGCCAGUAUCCUCCAUACUCACUAAAGAAUGCAAACUGGACAAACCCAGUGUAUAUAAGCAGUGUGGAAAACCUUCCUUAGUUCUAGUACCCUUCAUGC